AAUCAACCCACUCACCCAACUUCUCCUUCCUGAACUAGCCAUCUUCUCAUCACCACUCUCCACACACAACCAACAAUGAGCGGCUUCGAGCAGAACCGCGUCUACACCGUCCCCUUGCGGGACGUGCCCAUGGCACACGACUCGCCGUCCGAGACCGAGGCAGCAUUCUACACCUUCCUCUCGUCGUUCCGCAUUGGCAGCGAGUUCAUCUACCGUGAUCGCCUCAAGUCGGCGCUUCUGAUGCACCACCACACGCUCGAGGUUGACCUUGAGGAUCUCACGCGGUUCAACCCCGAGCUGGCACAGCGAUGCCAGAAGACGCCAGGCGACAUGAUGCCUCUGCUCGAGUCCGCCCUGCUGCGCGCAGCCCGUGCCAUCGUCAACCCCACAGGGAGGGGAGAGAACGCGGAGGACGCUGUUCACAACGUUCCCGAGAUGCAGGCCACGAUCAGGACAGGACAGAACAUGAUUCAAUUCCGCGAGCUCACCGCUGAGAAGCUCACGCAGCUUGUGCGUCUACCCGGUAUCGUGAUCAAUGCGUCCCAGCUCAGCUCUCGCGCCACAGAGCUGCACUUGCAGUGCAAAGCGUGCCGGUCGGUCAAGAGUGUCAAGGUUGGACAGAGCCUGGGAGCGGAGAAGACGGCACUUCCGCGGCGCUGCGAUGCGCCAGCGCCCCAGGACGGAAAGAAGGACUGCCCUCUCGACCCAUACGUUAUUCUUCACGACCGCUGCCGCUUCAUUGAUCAGCAGAUGAUCAAGCUGCAGGAGGCUCCCGACAUGGUUCCUGUGGGCGAACUGCCGCGCCAUAUGAUGCUCCAAGCCGAACGUUACUUGACGGCCCGUGUUGUGCCGGGUUCGCGGAUUAUUGCGACGGGGAUCUACUCGACGUUUGCCCCUCAGUCGAAAAACAAGAACAGCAGCGGCGCUCCCGCACUCCGCCAACCGUAUCUGCGCGUCCUAGGCAUCGAGCUCGACACCUCGCUCGCAUCCGCGCCCGGUUCUCGCGUGUUUACACCCGAGGAGGAGGAAGAGUUCCAGCAGAUGGCUCGGUCCGAAGCGCUGUAUGACCGCUUCGCAGCGAGCGUUGCGCCCUCCAUCUACGGGAACCUCGACAUCAAGAAGGCAGUCACCUGUCUGUUGAUGGGAGGAAGCAAGAAGAUUCUCCCCGAUGGUAUGCGCCUCCGUGGUGACAUCAACGUCUUGCUUCUCGGUGAUCCCGGUGUUGCCAAAUCGCAGCUACUCAAGUUCGUAGAGAAGGUGUCGCCCGUGGCUGUGUACACUUCCGGCAAGGGAUCGUCUGCGGCUGGUCUGACCGCUUCCGUGCAGCGUGACCCUGUGACUCGCGAGUUUUACCUCGAGGGCGGAGCCAUGGUGCUCGCAGACGGCGGUGUGGUGUGCAUUGACGAGUUUGACAAGAUGCGUGAUGAGGACCGAGUUGCUAUUCACGAGGCGAUGGAGCAGCAAACUAUCUCGAUCGCAAAGGCAGGUAUCACGACUAUUCUCAACUCGCGGACGUCCGUGCUAGCAGCCGCGAAUCCCGUGUUCGGCCGGUAUGACGACAUGAAGAGCCCUGGCGAGAACAUCGACUUCCAGACGACUAUCCUGUCGCGUUUCGACAUGAUCUUUAUUGUCAAGGACGAGCACAACGAGGGACGUGACAUGAAGAUUGCCAAGCACGUCAUGGACAUUCACAUGAACCGGCAGCAGGACACGGAAGCGCAGGGCGAGAUUGACAUUGACAAGAUGAAGCGAUACAUUGCGUACUGCAAGUCUCGUUGUGCCCCGCGGCUGUCACAGGAGGCAGCUGAGAUGCUGUCGUCGCACUUUGUGUCGUUGCGCAAGACGGUGCAACAGGUGGAGCGGGACAACGACGAGCGAUCGUCGGUGCCGCUGACAGUACGACAGCUGGAAGCGAUGGUGCGCAUCACGGAGUCGGUGGCGAAGAUCACGCUCUCUCCAAGUGCGGACGUGCACCAUGUGGAGGAGGCGAUCCGGCUGUUCAAGUUCUCGACAAUGGACGCGGUCGAAGCGGGACAAGUGGACGGAAUGACACGGACCGAGCUGCAGGAGGAGAUGGAGCGGAUCGAGCGUGAGCUUAAGCGGCGUCUGCCGAUCGGGUGGAGUGUGGCGUAUCAGACGCUUGUGCGCGAGUUUGUGACGCAGCAGGGAUACUCGCAACAUGCGCUCGAGCGAUGUCUGUUUGUGUUGGAGAAGCGCGAGGUGAUUCGUUUCUCCAACCAGAAGAAGAGUGUGAGCCGGGUGGGUGUUUAGGGAAGAGAGUGUGGUGGAGCAGCGCUGCUACGUGUAUUACUUGUGUACUAGAUGCAUCUUGAGAGAGAGG